UGACCUACUCAAAGUAUUUGAGUAUAAUCUAGGUGGCUGCCAAGGAAAUUUGAAAGGUGAAGAGAUCCACCAAAUCGAGCUCAAUGCCUCGCGUGGAGAAAGACUCAAGCAAUCCUUCUAAAGACUCCUAAACUCUAAGCCAAUCUCUUCAUCUUAUCUUCCUCUUUAAUUUUAUUCCAAUCACUCUAUUCCAAUGCAUUAAUUCAAACAUUCUAUAAUCCAAUCCUUCUCUUCAACAAUAUAUCGACUCAGACGUGAAAGUAGUUACCUCAAUCUGGACCUCAGACAUAGACUUGACUUCAUGCAUUAACGCAGGCUUGAUCAUUGACGCAGUGGAGGUCUUUGGAGACCAGGUUUGUAAGAGCUCCAGCUACUUCAGAAAAAUACUAGAGGCUAACAACACAGAUUAUAAGACAGCCAUUGAUUUGUCAAUAAAGUUCAUUAGACUCCUCAACAGCUACAUUGCAGACAAAGGAACUAUGCAUAAUACGGAAGACCGUGUAGUGUACAGUAGUGUUAGAACUGAAAUAUUGAGUGAUGUUAAGCAAGGAGAGGUAUUCAGAAUGAUAGGCUGGAUCCCCACGACUGAGGUUUUACCAGCGGAAAAACAUAGUCUAAGUUAUCACACACAGGGACAACAACCCAAUUCUUUGAUUAAGUUUAACGUGAAAGCUAACUGCUCAAAUGCUGGGCAAAUACAUCUUUUUGGAGUUUCAAUGGAUUCUGAUGAAAAAGAAACCAUAAUCCCUCCAUACUCAGCGUUUAUGUGCGUUAAGAAAGAGCAAAUGGGAGAAAUUGAUUACACUGACAAGGUUUUUGAAGAAGAAAAGAAAGAUGAAGACGGAACAGUAACAAUAGAGACUGGACAUGAGGAUAAAGACUCUGAGAAGGAAGGUGACAUGGAUAAGACAAAGAAGUGGAAGACCGUCCUUGUAUUGAACUUAGCCAAAGAUGGUAACAAGAACAUUCAGAAUGACAUAAAAUGUAGUUUUUAAGAAAAACAGGACUCC